AUGCCGUUGCGGAAUACGACAGAUGUUGAUUUAAUCAAUAAAGCAUGUUCAAUUGUAUAUGCACAAACGAAUAGUCAAUCUAAAAUAAUGGAUCAAUUAGAACGUCAAAAAUUGCAAUUAGAUAUUGAAACAACAGCAUUAUCAGAAGAAAACGAUCAAACAUUAGUACAAGAUUCAAAGGAAGCUGAAGAAGAAUUAAAAGGUGAGCGGACAACUGAUUACAGAAAAUUGAUCAUGGGACAACUGAUCACGGACAAUUGA